GUUUAUUUGAAGUUACAAAACUACCCCUAAGUAGGGAUCGUAUUUGCGUUAUGACGCGAUUGGGUCUUUCCCACUUCUCUUCCUCAGCCUGAGAUGAAUUUCAGUUGCAAAACCACCCAUUUUCUCCCUCUGCACCCUGCAAACUCUUACUCCAUCUCUUACUCUCUCUAUAAAACACCAGAAAUUCUCUCUCUCUACCCUUUGAUUAGGGUUGAAGAUAAAGGGUUAUCUGUGUUUUUCGAGGAUUACACAGGGGAAGAAGGGUUCGAAUUGUUUGUUUGUACCACACCUAAAAAGAGAAAAAACGCAUGCAAAACCACGUUUGUUUGUGCUUCAAUUCAAGGUAACCGAGGGUUUUGUUCUCGUUUUUCUUUUUCAGAAGAUUGGGUUGUUUCUGUUUGUUCCUUUCAUGAAUUGCAAGGAUUUUUGCAGUCGAUGUUGCUACUGUCGUUUCGUGACCUAUGAAUGGGUUCUACGAUUUCUAGCAUUUUCUUUGUGACCGAUUAUUGGUCGUUUAUGGUAGCCGUGGCAGCAACCCUUUUCUGUUUUCUUUUCGCGACUGCUUUGUUUUUCCGGAAAACGAAAUUAGAGGGCCCUUCUGAGUUGAAUAGCUUAAAGCCCCGUGAUUGUGCGUGCCUGGGUGAGGACAGUGGAAUUGAUAGUGGUGCGGAAAUGACUGCGCGAUUAAGUGGUGGGGUUAAGGAGAAUGGUGUGGAAAUGGUGGUGGAGAGGCAGACGGGGGCGUCGAUGAUGGAGCAGUUGGUGCCGGAGAUCACUACACAUGCCCUCAGUUACUUGGACUACCCAAGCCUCUGUCGACUCUCCAUGACAAAUUCGCUCAUGCGAAAAGCUGCCAAUGAUGAUAACGCAUGGAAGGCACUCUAUCACAAGGAUUUCACUUUGGAGCAAGAUAAUGUGACCCCAACCAAUGGAUGGAAAGCUUAUUAUGCAGCUACAAGAGCUAUUGUCACCAUCAAUGCCGAGUUUUUUAGGAUUGUUAGAGAAAGGUUGCUUCCAGCUAUGGGUCAGUUGUGGCUUAAUGCAGAUUACGUGAAGUGUUUUCAUGCAACUGGCGAGUCCUUUAGUGGUUAUAAUGCAGUUAUGGAGAGCUGGCAGCUAGCAUUUAGCUGGGAAAAUGUUGCUGAUUUCCAGAUUCGAGAUGUAAGGACCCGUGUCCUGACAGAUAUGGCUUGGGUUACCAUGAAAGUUUUUGUUGACAUAGGAGCCGGCCCAUUUAACGUGACUAAUAUUUUCGAGUUCCAUAAUGGAAGAUGGUACAUGGUGCACCAUCACAGCUCAGCAUUGCUAAUUCAUAGAGGUGGCCAGCAACAACUUAUGCAGGCAUAAUAAGGUACAUACAAGAUGAUAAGAAUUAAUUCAUGUUAAUCAUUAAUCUGGGAAGUGGUACAGUUUGUCUUUAGUUAGAAAUGACUCUUAAAGAAAUCAUCAAGGUUCUCUUGGGGGGAUCUUAAUGUGUACUUCCCUUUUUUUCUCCCCCUCUGUCACAAAAUCUCCAUUUUUAGCUCUGUGGUAGGAAGCAAAAUGUGAAUUGUUGAUGCCUUGGUUUCCUUCACAAAUUUUUAUGGUAAAAUACAUGCACAGUUGAAGAUUCUGCA